UAGCCUUCUCUUGUUACUCGCUCAUCAAGGGUGCCGGACAACCCGAAGCCCUAGUCUUUCACGUGCAAUAUUUUAUUUUCGAAAGAAAAUCGUUUCAAGGCUUAUCCUGUCCUAAAUUUUUGGUUACAUUUGUUAAGGCGGCGCGUGGUGGUUAUUUAAGUGGCGCGUGGGGACCACGCUUUUCUAUUUCAUGGUUUUAAUUUGUCAAUCUGAAUCGGGAAGCCCUCGCGGGAACCCUCCCGGUUCCCGAUAAUUUAUGGCUUCGGCCGUUUUAGCGAAUCGAAGUGAGUCGAAUUGGCCACCGCAGCCGAAACGCAGUGUCGCUGAAUUCAUGGGCAAAGUUCCCUUCACAGCAACAAAACCAAACCCUAAGCCUAAAUUCAACAAGAAACGCCAAUUCCACCAUCAAUUGGCCCCACCUGAUGACGGUGCUGGUCACGUGGUCGAUGAUUCCCCAGCCGUGACCCAAUCCGCGGCUUCUGACGAUGCGUCAUCAAUUAAUCGGAAACUAAACGAUUUCAAUUCCGGCGCUUAUGUUAGCUUCUGCAUCAGCUUGUAUUCGAGGAAAGAGUUGAUUGAUCUGAAGAAUCAGUUGAUUGCCGAGUUGGAGCAGAUUCGUGAAUUGAAGAAUCGAAUUGAGUCAAAUGAUUUUCACAUUAGAUCCAGCUCCAACAAGAAACCCUUACCCAAGAAAAACAUUUCCGGUAAUAAACGGCCUUUGCCCCCUAAUUUCAGCAAAGAAUUGAAGAGAUCGAACCCUCAAGAGAACGGAAAAGCAUCAACGGCUCAUUUGUUAAAAAAUUGUUCCCAAAUCUUGAACAAACUGAUGAAGCAUAAGCAUGGGUACAUCUUCAAUUCGCCGGUGGAUGUCGUUGGGUUGGGGCUUCAUGAUUAUUAUGAUAUAAUCAAGAAUCCGAUGGAUCUUGGCACUGUUAAAUCGAGGAUGGCAAAUAAUUUUUAUGGAUCUCCGUUGGAUUUUGCGGCUGAUGUAAGGCUGACUUUCAGUAACGCCAUGUUGUAUAACCCUAAGGGCCAUGAGGUAUAUGUGUUGGCUGAGCAGUUGCUUGCGAGAUUUGAGGAAUUGUUCCGGCCGCUGAGUUUGAAAUUGGAAGAGAAAGAAGAGCCACAAGAAAGGGGUUAUUAUGAGGAAGAGUUGCAGGCGAGUUCUUGUGAUCAUGGCGUAGCUGAUAGGUUGAAGAAAGAUAAGGAAAGAGAUGGGGAGAGGGUUAUUGUUGAUAGGGAUGAUUCAAUUAAUAUGGUGGCAAGAUCUGAUAAAAUUGGAGGGGUUUCGGGCUUCGUUUCAAACCCAAAUGUACCACCGCCUCAGAUGCAGUUGCAGGUGCCAUCAAGGGUGGCUUCACCGGUAAGGACACCAUCAAUGAAGCCACUGAAGCAGCCAAAGCCAAAAGCUAAGGAUCCGAGCAAGAGGGAAAUGAGUAUGGAGGAGAAGCAAAAGUUGGGGAUUGGAUUGCAGAGCUUGCCACAGGAGAAGAUGGAUAAUGUGGUUCAGAUUAUCAGGAAGAGGAAUGGGCAUUUGAGGCAGGAUGGGGAUGAGAUUGAACUUGAUAUUGAGGCAAUGGAUACAGAGACUCUGUGGGAGUUGGACCGGUUUGUCACUAAUUACAAGAAGAUGGUCAGCAAGAUUAGGCGGCAAGCAUUGAUGGCAAAUAAUGUGGCAUCUAACGACAACAAUAGGGAAGAGGUAACUGUGGAGAAGAUUGAGGUUCCAAUGGAGAUGAAGAAGCCCAAGAAAGGGGAUGCUGGUGACGAAGAUGUAGAUAUUGGGGAUGAAAUGCCAAUGAGCAGUUUUCCACCUGUGGAAAUUGAGAAGGACAAGGAUCGUGCUAGUAGCAGUUCUAGCAGCUCCAGCAGUUCAAGCAGUGAUUCAUCGUCUUCAAGCGAUUCAGAUUCUGGGAGUUCUUCAGGAAGUGAUUCUGAUGCUGAUGAUGCACUGUCUUAAGGCCUUGGAUUGAAAGAUGAGUUAUUUGUUUUUGAAGGUUAAGAGCUGAGAUUUUGGGGCAGUCCAGGAGUAGUAUGGGGGGCUAUAGAUGAGGUAGAUUUUGCUAACAUCGCUAACAAAUUGAAAGUUCGAUGUGGGUCUCAGUCGUAUUGAAUGCUGAAGAUAUGAACCUUUUUUUUUUGUUUCCUUUUCUGUUGUUGUACAGGGUAGGUUCUUUAAGUGUGUUGUAUGAAUCGUAAUGGUUGCUCUCUUUGGAGGAAAGAAAUUGAUGAAAUUGGAAAUGGGGCACCUUGGCCGGAAGAAUGAACGCAGAUUUUAGCGGGUUGGGAAAUGUAGUGAAAAUUAUUUGUUAGAGAUUUGGUAGUAGAUAGGUAGGAGGGAGAAAAUAGUGGGGGUAGGAAAAUACUUUGUAAGCAUUAACCCUAAUACUUGAUUUUCAGCAUCAAUAGAGGCAUUUACAAUAUAA